CAUUUCUUCCCUUUCUCCCUCUUUCCUUCCUCUAUUCACUUAGAAAAAAAUUCUGAGCCAUGUUGUCUGCUAUUCCAGCGAUGUUCUCAUCGGAGCCGAUGAUCGGAAAUCCUUUUCCGGCUUUUGAAAAUGGGUUCAGCCCGUGGGACUUUGACCUAUUUUCAGCCGUAACCCAGUCAUCUCCCCCAAAACCUGUGGUUUCAAGUUCCAGUUCCGAGGAAACGAACCGGAACCAGACCAACUCAAACUCCGGUUCCGAUGAACCAAACCCUCCGGCGUCUCUUAUCGACGAGCGGAAGCAAAGACGCAUGAUAUCGAACCGGGAGUCAGCCAGGAGGUCACGCAUGCGUAAACAGAGGCAUUUAGAAAACCUAAGGAACCAGGUGAACCGGCUUAGGAUAGAGAACCGGGAACUAACUCACCGGUUGCAGUUUGUUCUGUAUCAUUGUCAACGUGUAAGAACGGACAAUGAUCGGCUCCGGUCUGAGCAUAGCAUGCUCCGACGUAAACUGUCGGAAAUACAUGAAUUGUUGGUGUUCCGGCAACUCCAACAGUUUACUUCUGCAUGGCCAUGCAAUAAUGUCACGAGUGAACAAACCCCAUCAUUAAUCACAUAAAUUUAACUAUAAUAAAAGCUCCACUAAAUUCUAAAACAAGAACAAAGACUCGUCUUAAUUUCUCUCGUUUAUGUAAGUAAAAUCAGCUGUUAAAGUAAAGAUACAUGAUGGGGUUUUCGGUCAUUUUUGGUAAACCGGGGCUUUUGUAAUCAUUAUUAUUAGUAUUGUGUAAAAAAUUAGUCCCUGUUUUGUUUUUGAAAGCAUUAGUUUUGUUGUUUUGUUUUUUGUUGUUAGCAUUAAUAGAUGUUGUUAG